UAUACCUCUCAACACAGUCCAUAUAAGUAAGUCGUAGAACGAGGAGGUGGAGAAGUAAGAAGGAGGGGACUGGAUGCAUCACGGACACGCUUCCGUAAAGUCGGGCGUGCUCGCGGCGGCGAACGUGGUGGUGCGGAAUGCGCGAGAGUGUGUGCGUGUCGCUCGGUGCCGUUAGUUGCUGUUAGACGGCUACGAUCCACUUCUCGUUAGAACAACGAUACACACGCCAGAGAAGAUGCCCGACGUAAUCGAGGACGAAAUCAAACACGUGCUCAGCGGGCAAAGUACCCGCGUGGCCGAUGACCUCUGCGAUUACACCCUGGAACAACAAAACAUGCACGCCGAGUCGAACGGGAUAAAGCCAGCGGUAAGCUCGUCCUACGUGCCGAUAUGCCAGAAGACAGUGACCUACAUCGUGGCAGCGGUGCUGAUCAACGAGCACGACGAGGUGCUGAUGAUGCAGGAGGCCAAAGCGUCGUGCCUGGGAAAGUGGUACUUGCCAGCUGGUCGGGUGGAGCCGAACGAAAAUCUCCUGGACGCUAUGAAGCGCGAGGUGCUGGAGGAAACCGGUUUGCUUAUCGAGCCCAAGUCGUUGCUGAUGGUCGAGUGCGCCAGCGGCUCGUGGUUCCGCUUCGUGAUGAGCGGCAGCGUUAUCGGCGGCACGCUCAAGACGCUGGACCAGUCGAACGAGGAGUCGCUUCAAGCGUGCUGGGUACGCGAGGUUACCAAUUUGCCGCUCAGAUCCAGCGAUAUACUCACUCUCAUACAGAAGGGUAGGGAUUGGUUGAAGAAAAUCAACGGGCCGUGGCACGCCAAUAUAUUGCCGGUGGAACGACCGCGCAGUAAGCUCUAUCUACGGCUUAUUGUCUGCAUCAAGAAGAAGGCCACAAAUAGACUACACGUGUUGAUGUCUGAGAAGACAUCGUUACACUUGCCAGUCACUGAAAUCAACUCAGGCAAGAAUUUACAUUCCACGCUUCACAGGUUCUUAGUGGAGAUAUUUGGCGAAGGCAUACCCCAGCACAAACCCCACGGACUGCUAUCAGUGGAAUUCAAUGGGAACGGCGAAGGUGAUGGUCUGUGUCUCACUCUACUUAUAUCGUUUAGGCCACCACUCGAAGAGGUAUCGAUUAGUGGAAAGUACAUCUGGCACGAAGUACCGCAGUCUCUUGCCGACACUAUCACGUCACGGCUACCUCGCAAUAUGACCAUAUCGCUCAACGUCGUGCGCUAAUUUUCUCCAUGAGCUUUUAAUUUCUGUACAGUUUAGGACUAACACACAAGCGAAAAAUUAUACCGUGGUGAUUAGUAAUAUUUAUCUACCAAGUUAAUCCUCGCUCUUUUUUCCUUUUAUUUAUAUAGUCAAAUAGAAUUAAAUUAAUUAAUGGACGAAGAGUAUACAUAUCUAUUAGGUACGAUGUCAUGAUUGACAUUAGGUGUAACAUUGUGAAUCUAAUUAAAAUUGACAAUUGUAAAUACAAUAUUUGAAUGCAUACGGUGUUGUCAUAAAUAUGAAUACAGAUUAUCGGUGUACGAAAUUAUGAACCUCGAUAAAAAUUUGCGAAUGUAUGUUUUAAGUAUCAAUUGAAGUGAUUUUUGGACUAAAGAUUUUUUUUUGGAACGUUAACAGAUUUGGCUGUGACAGCACUGAAGUCUGAAACUGAUGUAAAUUUUUUUAAGUGAGAGAUUAAAGAUGGCGCAACCAGUUUAUUACCAUUUUUUAGUGUCAACUACGUAAUAGCUAUACAUUCCUGUGUAUCAGAGAAAGUAGUACACAUAGAAUCUUAAGUUCUCCAGAGAAAGUAUACGUUAAGUAGAUCUAUCUCUGGUGAAAUUUUACAUAGAAAAUUAAUUCCAUAUUGCAGAUGAAUUUUACGAAAAACUAUAGACUUUUAUAUUUAAUAACCAUUGACAAAUUACACAGUUAUUAAUUAUGUGCAAUUAUUAUAAUCAUACCGCACAAUUGUUUUGAACAAUAAAUUAUAUUUAUUAAGUUUUCUAAUUAUUUAAACAUUUUAAUAAAUGCGCUAUUUGAUAGU